AUGACUUCGCACAGUCUGGUCGACGUCCAACAGAGGAAGCGGAGGAGGAGGAGACGCAGAGAGGACAAGCCCGCCAUCACCGCCAGGCUCGUCCUCGACGACCAUGUGCGGGGUGACGUCGGCAUCCUCUCUGACGACCUCUUUGCCGACCUCUUCCCUCAUCUCAAGUCAGACGAGGAGCAACCCGAAGACCAGACCCCAACCACUGCCGAGAUCUACCACAUCGCCGUCGCUCCCUGGCGCCCCGAUGCGUCCCCCGCCAAUGCCUCGUGGAGCAUCGUCCCCGUCGCUCGGUCCUCCGCCCUCGCCCACUCCACCGCCCAGUUCUCCCCGUCCUCCCUGUCUCUGCAGAGCUUCGCCGAGACCCUCCAGCAAGUGGCUCCUUCAAAGCUGUCCAGCCAUAGCCGCAGCGGCAUCGAGAUCCUCGUACUCGACGUCCUCGCCCUGUCCCUCGACACCGUGUUCGUGAGCUUGGAGGGCGAGUUGGCCAAGAGGCUCGAGGACGGCGAAGGCACCUUCUUCCGCGAGCACCCGUCCAGCGCGAUCGCUUCCGGCAAAGGAAAGGGCACACCCGAGGAGCGGCUGACCAAUGCGCUCCGCAACGCCCUGGGAACCCUCAAGGUGGUCCAUACCGGCGACUUGUUCCCUCUGCCUCUGCCGCCGCACCCGGUCACCCAUGUACCUCCGAACCCGGGCCGGGUCACGCUCUGCGAGCCCGUUGCGCAGGGAGUGUUGGCACCCCAUACCAAGAUCAUCCUCUCCCGAGGGCGUCUGCACUCCCGACGGUCGAGGGACACCAUCUCCAUGAAUUCCAGCCGGCAGCUCAACGGCGUGGCCGAGGAUGACGAGGAUACGGCCAACGACCAAUUUUACUCGGCUGCUGAAGAUCGUGUCAAGACCGAGACCGACAUUCAGACGGACGAUACCGACUCGAUCACCGAGACCGAGACCGAGGAGCACUUGCUGUCCGACGACCCCGACGAGCUCUCCGACGACUCGAUAGACGACAUGAUCUCCCUUCAGACGCCCACACUCCCUACCACCAAUGCCAGUGGCGUCUCCACGAUGCAGCCGGGUACGCCCAUGACCCUCGGCGGUCGUGGCCGAAAGACAAACGGCAUCAACACCCCGGGCUCCGUCUUCUCCAACUUCACCGCCACCACGGCGCGACCAGACCGCCCGAGAGGGCGCCUGUUCAAGGCACAAGGCCUGAUGGAGCCGAUACCGUCCGAGCUGCUCCAUCCCAAGCCCACGGCGGUAGACGACGACGAGGCUCGCGUGUACGUGGAUAUCAGAGACCUGAACAGGAUAGGCUGCUUUUCCGGAGACUGGGUGCGCCUCGAGACGGCCGAGGAACCCCCGCUCAAUGGCUUCGGGCCCUUUGCGCUCGGCAGCUUCGGAGAGCCGGAGACGGAGGAGCCCCUGUGGCGCCCGGUGCGCGUCUUUGGCCUCCCCGAAGGCUAUUCGCACCGGCCCAUGACCCGGAUCGCAAGCUCGAGACACGGGGGGAGGAAGCUGUCGUUCUUCGAGUCGCAGGUCCGGAGGCCGACGAGCCCCAUCGCGUACUGCUCCCCCGUGCUCCUGGCGAACCUCGAAAGCACUCCGUACCUGCGCAUCGCCCCGCUCAAGCGUGCCGGGUUCCACGGCAAGGGUCCGCAGGCGAAGCUCAUCAGCGCCUCGCAGCCGCCCUUCGCCAAGGAGGUCAUCGUGCAGCAGGUCAGGACGCCGCCCGCCGUCGAGAGGGAUGUGCAGACCGCCGUCAUGGCCGGCCUGAAGUGGCAUUUCGAGAAGAAGCUGCGCAUCGUCCGGAGGGGCGACCUGAUAGCCAUCCCCAUCGACACCCAGCUCGGCAAGGCGCUGCACGAGGUGUCCGCCCUCGGCGAGAACGUCGCCGUCGACGACCUGGUCUCUCUGACUACUGCGGGACGUCCCAGCGGCGGGGGAAAUGUCCGGUAUGACGAGGUCGCGUGGUUCAAGAUCAGUCACGUCCAGGCGCAGCGCCGGGAGGCUCCAGAAGGCGAAGAGGAGGAGGACAUCUGGGGGUCGGCGGCGUGCGUCGAGAUCUCCAUGGCUCACCUCGAGCAGUCGGGCUCUGUCACGAGCCGGAUACCGGGCAUCAAGGAGAGCAAUUGGCAGUAUUACCUGGGGCUCAAGGCGCGGCCCAAGCAGUCCCCCGGCUCCGCGGCGGUGGCGACGUCCGAGCCUGAGCGACGGCCUGUCCCUCCCCUGCAGAGGCGGCUGCGCGAGCUCAUGGCUGCCGCUACGAGCAAGCGAGCCAUCCACCUCAAACUGCCCCCUGUCGCCAUCCUGCUCGUCUCGACGCAGCGCAACAUUGGCAAAGCGACUGUGGCCUCGGCCGCCUGUGCGGAUAUCGGCAUCCACGCCUUCACCCUUGAUGCCUACGACAUUCUCAACGAGGCCGGCGCCGGCGGCAGCGACGUCAAGACGGAAGGCUUCCUCAAGGUCCGCGCCGAGCGGGCGAUGAGCUGCGGGCCCGACAGCUGCGCCCUGCUCAUCCGGCACAUCGAGGCCUUGACGGCAGACCGCAUGGUCUCGUCGUUGAAGGAGGUCCUCGCCGACGCCCGGGUCCUGAUCGCCACCACUACCGAGGUCGACAAGGUCCCGGAUGGCGUCCGGGGACUCUUCACCCACGAGAUCGAGAUGACCGCUCCCGACGAGGGCGAGCGAGAAGGCAUUCUGCGCAGCAUCGUCGACGACCGCGGCAUCACUCUGGACCCCGAGAUCGACCUCAGCACCGUGGCCCUCAAGACCGCCGCCCUCGUCGCCGGCGACCUGGUCGACGUCAUCGACCGCGCCCUCGUAGCGCAGCGCUCGCGACUCGAGGCCCUCUCGAAGCGAGCCACGAGCGAGGACAACGCCUUCACCGUCCGCGACAUCCAGGUCGCCGGCGGGCCGGCUGCCAACGGCCUCACCAAGGCCGACUUCGAGGUCGCCGUCGAGGCCGCGCGCAAGAACUUUGCCGACGCCAUCGGCGCUCCCAAGAUCCCCAACGUCACGUGGGACGACGUGGGCGGGCUCAACAACGUCAAGGAGGCCGUGACCGAGACGAUCCAGCUGCCGCUCGAGCGGCCCGAGCUCUUCGCCAAGGGCAUGAAGAAGCGCUCCGGCAUACUCUUCUACGGACCCCCCGGCACGGGCAAGACGCUGCUGGCCAAGGCCAUCGCGACCGAGUACAGCCUCAACUUCUUCAGCGUCAAGGGGCCCGAGCUGCUCAACAUGUACAUCGGCGAGUCCGAGGCCAACGUGCGGCGCGUCUUCCAGCGCGCGCGCGACGCGCGGCCCUGCGUCGUCUUCUUCGACGAGCUCGACUCGGUGGCGCCCAAGCGCGGCAACCAGGGCGACAGCGGCGGCGUCAUGGACCGCAUCGUGUCGCAGCUGCUGGCCGAGCUGGACGGCAUGUCGGGCGGCGACGAGGACUCGGGCGGCGGCGUCUUCGUCAUCGGCGCGACGAACCGGCCCGACCUGCUGGACCCGGCGCUGCUGCGGCCCGGACGCUUCGACAAGAUGCUGUACCUGGGCGUGUCGGACACGCACGACAAGCAGCUCACUAUCAUGGAGGCGCUUACUCGAAAAUUCACCCUCCACCCCUCCCUGUCCCUCCGCUCCGUCGCCGAGAAGCUGCCCUUUACCUACACGGGCGCCGACUUCUACGCCCUCUGCUCCGACGCCAUGCUCAAGGCCGUCACGCGGCAGGCCACGGCCGUCGACGCCAAGAUCAAGCAGCUCAACGCCGCCCGCCGGGAACAACACCAACAUCACCACCACCACCACCACCAAUUCGGACACGAGCAGCAGCACGUUUCUGUGCAGGAGAUCUCGACGGCCUACUUCUUCGACCACUUCGCCACCGACAAGGACACGGCCGUCAUGGUCACGGAGCGCGACUUUGUCGAGGCGCACGCCGAGCUCGUGCCCAGCGUCAGCGCGGGCGAGCUCGCGCACUACGAGAAGGUGCGCGCCACGUUUGAGGGCGGCAAGCAGCAGCAGCAGCAGCAGUCACAGCAGCAGCAGCAGCAGCAGCAGCACGCCGAGCCGGCGGCCGUGCCCAUCCGGCCCAGGCCCGGGUCCCGCCCCGGCUCGUCCGCCUCGCGGCCCGGCUCGAGCUCCUCUUCUGCUGCGCGGCGGCCGUCGUCGAGGGGCGGCCACGCGAUGGUGAGCGGCGCGAACAAGGGCAAGGGCAAGGCGGUGGCCGUGGCCGUGGCGAGUAGCCGGGCGGCCAUGUCGAGCGACGAGGACGAUGACGAGAGGGAGGGCGACUCGUUUGUCGGUGUCAAUGGGAGGGCGGCGGCGGACAAGGACAAGGGCAAGGGCAAGGCCGUUGCUUCUUCGCCUGCGUUUAGGGAGAGCACUGCUAGUGAUGACGAGGGGCUGUAUGAGUGA